UCACCAUCAAUCUCGCAGACCCAAUUCUCUUCAAUAUCGCUCACUGCCUCCAAACCCAAACUGAACUCAGCCGUUUCCGCGCCGUCUGCAGCUCGUUCCGCUUCGCCGUCCUUCUCCCCUCUCCGAAACUUGCUCCCGUUCAUUAUUACUAUGACCCCGGAAUCUCCGACCCUCCUUUGCAGCUCAUCAUUGCCGAAUCGACUGUCUAUGCCUUGCAACCCUUUUCCCACGAGGCCCCUCCGUGGAUAGUCAAAGUUGAAAAAUCUAGCCAGGAGAAAUCCCGGGUCCACGACCCCUUUUGUCGCUGCCAUUUUGAAGAACACGUUCUUGAAAUGUUGCCUCAGUCAGUGAACUUGCUGGAAUAUCGUGUGCAGGAAAUGGGUAAAGGCUAUAGAAUUGACUGGGUUCUGGAUGAACAUCCGAGACGGUUUAGUGGGUGGAAAUAUAUUUUGUUGCAAAAAGUUUGCUGUCUCUGCAGAUAAUGAUGAGUUAGCAGUUAUGGUUUUUCUGAAUUUGGAAUUGAUGGUUUGGAGGAGCUGUGAUAAGAAAUGGGUCGACUUGGGUUUUGGUGAUGUUGAUGUUCAGGAUAUUGUUUAUUAUAAGAAGCAGUUUCAUGUGGUGAUGACAAAUGGGCAUAUUUUAAGCGUUAAUCCGAAGUCUUUGGAGCUAGACGCAGAAGAGCAAGAGUGGAUUGAAGUGAAGGAUUUGGAGGGUAGAGCAUUGUUUCUGUUUGAUGGAGGAUGUAUGCUUCAAGUUUCAACUUCAGUGACGGUAGUAAUGAGUGGCCCGUAUCAUUUCCCGAAUCUUCUGAGAUUUUUGGGCCUGCACCAGCUUGCCUCUUCCCUGAAUGUGCGAAGACAUUGUAUCUAGGAAGUUUCUGGGAUCAACCGCUUGAAGAGUGUUUCAUCAUCAAUGUGAAGAUUUGAUUACCAUCUUGGUCGGACCAUUUUAUUAGUUGGUACUACCAACUUGGUAGUUGUGUUGGUUUUAUUUUGUGAGCAUGUAUAUAUGCAUUAUGGGUCUUAAUGUCAUGAAACUAGAUUUGAGCUUGGUCAUUUAAUUCUCCUGUUAUGCCUUCAGACUCCUGUAUUUAAGCUUGGUCGUUUCCUCUACUUUUUGAGCUGCUAAUACUGUCCUGAUGAGCUUAGAGUUUUUCAAAUUAUUGUUCUGAUGAUAAUUGGAGGAGUGUCGAAGCCACAUUAGGACUGCAAAUGAGGUGAGAUGCUCUCAAACUGCACAUGGCUUGGCUUAUAUCAAGCGGAGCUGUGCUUGUAGUUGUUUUGAUUUUAAAUAUGAGUAUAAUUGAUUAAUAUCUAUGUUACGGGAUUUUAUUAUAA